AUGUAUUCCCUAUCGGCGCAUCCGGAAGCCGAAAACACGAGUGGCCGCCGGGAUGAGGAACGACCGAUUCGCACGCCUACGUCAUGUUUCUUGAAAGUCUCCAAGGCCUGUGAAGAGUGCCGCAAGAGGAAGAUUCGGUGCAAUGGUGUAACUCCUUGUAUGCCGUGCCAGCAGCGAGGUGCGGCGUGCAACUUUCGAGAACGCAACCGCCGACGCAGGAGCCGGCGGGAGAUUCUCCAGGACAAGGACCGCUCGCUGCCACUGCAAAUAAGUGACCCAGUCGAGGAACGCCCUGAGGAGACCGACAUUCCACCCGAGAACAGAAGUCAACAGCAGUCGAUUCUCUACAGGUUCCAUAGCAGCGUGUUGGCCAUCCACCACUCUUCGCAGUCCGACGUCAUGCAGGCCUACUACGGGCCGACGUCGGACUUCUGCAUGUUGCAGCAUCUCUAUCGCGAUCUCUAUCGGCAACCCACCUCCACUGUGUCUACGGGGAGUACAGUGGAAGAAGCAGGAGAUGGAUUGGAUCUGCUGCGGCUGCGUCAUAUUUUCUUCAGCCUGCCGAUGCUAGGAGGGGACGCGGCAGACCGAACGUUUGACCGGCGGAGAGGGUCUUGGUUCUUACCUUAUACACUGGCAAAGGAUCUACUUCGUCGAUUUCUGGAGACCCACUACAACGUACUGCCCUUUGCUUCGAAGCAGACCUACGAGGAGCUAUUGCAGCGGAUGUAUAGUGCAGACUUCGAGGUGGAAUCUAGUGAAACGCAGAGGCUGAUCCUAGUGAUGUCCAUGGCGCUCGCCGCGCUGGACACAGACCAUUGGCAGUGGGGCGAGAUCUUAGGUAAACAGGUUAAGACGGCUCGGCAUGAGGCGGAUUUGGAGGCUGCGGUAAACCUGGAACACAUCCAAUUGGAGAUGCUUAUGAUAAGUUACUCAGGUCUUUCUCAUCCGCCUAUGAUGUUGACUUACUCAGGGAAGGUGCACGCCUUGUUUGAGGCAGAAUCCGGCCGACCCCAUGCCUCCUACCUAUACAUCGGCGUUGCCGCGCGGAAAGCGUUUGCGGCCGGCUUGCACAAAGAAUCCCCGCCAAAUAGCGGUGACGUGCCCGAUAAAGAGCAAGAUAGGCGCGUCACCUUUUGUGCGCUGUAUUUCUGUGAGACGUACCUCAGCUUCUUCCUAGGGCGACCUAGUUCGAUGUCUGGUGCCGAUAUAGAUAUUGCCCUCCCGAACGAUCCCUUCCUGACCAGACUCUUCCAGUUCGCCCAGGUUAUGGCGAAAUUGGUCCAACAGGUCUAUCGGCCCAAGCACUUAUCAUUGCCGAUGAUGUGGAAAGCCGCAAUAUCCAUCCGCAGGGAGAUGUAUACUUUGAACACACGAACCCAGCGGGAUUUUGGACUCGAUUUAGAGAAUCCCUCCGCAACCGACCCUAAAGGAAUACGCGAGACCAUCCUCGUCAGCUUAUACAAUUACAUCACUCUGAUCACCUUCCGUCCGUUCGUUAUCUUUCGAGGCAAGUGGAAGGACCAAGGGAAACUUGGGGUCGCCACGAUCACGCCUCCGUGGCUGAACAAUGCAUGCAAUCACUCUCUGAAUGCGGCCCGAGCGUUGAUCUAUCAUUUGCGCGAAAAUGUUGCCCCGGACCCUCUCGCCAAGGAAUUGCGAUAUAAUCUUUUCUACCUAGAGAACAGCCUUUUUGUUCUCGUAUACGACUUUGUUCACGAUGAAGCAGUGAUCCCCAUCCACCUUCCCUGGGUGCACUCCGGCCUACAGUUUUUGAGCGGCAUGCGAGUAGGCGAGCCGGUGUCGAGUAUCAUGGACGCAAUACGUCGCAUCCUCCGACGUAUCAAUCCUAGCUAUGACCUUCCCUCCGAGACUGAACCACCUAGAACAGAGUUUUUCCCUGAUAUUGUCGCCCAGCACCCGCCUCGGAAGAACGAAACUUCGACUCUGAGUCAUGCAGAUUUGUGGGAUCGGGGCAAUUUCAGCCCAACCGCACCUUUUCUUGACUCUCAAGAUAUUGACCCGGACUUCAACAUCCCCAUGGUCGACUUUGACUAUAACUUCUCUGCGAUCGACUUGGAAACUUUUUUCUCUUACGUACCUAGCGCCCGAUGA